UGAAUUUUUUUUUAUUGAGGUUUUAAAAUUUAAACCUUGAAUUUGGUUUGGUGUGAUCUGUAGUUUAAGUUUCGUUAUCAAGGAGCCAUCAUUGAAACCUCUCACUUUUCGUAAAUUUGAAGGCUCUCCGUUCCACUUCUUUUUCUUAGAAAUUGAUUUGGUGGAAGAAGUUUCGAUUUUUACAACCAUUUUUGAAGUUAUAAAUAAGGCUAUCUGAUCCCAGGUUUUUUGCGCAAGUAAGAAAUCAAUAUAGCAAAUUCUGAAUCAGGUCUUCGUAUUUCAAUCUAUAUCUAAAACCCAAUCCCUUUUUCUCAAUUUCAUUUUCCAAAAUCUUAAUCAGGCCUUCUUCUCUAGCAGGUUUUUGAGUUAAAACGCGAGAUCUGAGCAAUGGCAGCAAAUUCAUCAAAUGGGGAACAACAUUCACCCUCAAAGCCACCACCUUUGCCAUCUCCUUUGCGCUUUUCUAAGUUUUUCCAGUCCAACAUGAGGAUUUUGGUUACCGGAGGAGCUGGUUUUAUUGGUUCUCACUUGGUGGACAAAUUGAUGGAAAAUGAGAAAAAUGAGGUGAUUGUUGUUGAUAACUACUUCACUGGAUCAAAGGACAAUCUUAGGAAGUGGAUUGGUCAUCCUAGAUUUGAGCUUAUUCGUCACGAUGUCACCGAGACACUGUUGGUUGAGGUUGAUCAGAUUUACCACCUGGCAUGCCCAGCAUCUCCAAUUUUCUACAAAUACAACCCUGUGAAGACAAUAAAGACAAAUGUCAUUGGCACACUGAACAUGUUGGGACUUGCAAAGCGAGUGGGAGCAAGGAUCUUGCUCACAUCAACAUCCGAGGUGUAUGGGGAUCCUCUUAUCCACCCACAACCCGAAAAAUAUUGGGGCAAUGUUAAUCCGAUCGGUGUCCGGAGUUGCUAUGAUGAAGGAAAGCGUGUGGCUGAAACCCUAAUGUUUGAUUACCAUAGGCAGCAUGGGAUCGAGAUCCGCAUUGCUAGAAUCUUCAACACAUAUGGGCCACGCAUGAACAUUGAUGACGGGCGUGUUGUGAGCAAUUUCAUUGCUCAAGCACUUCGUGGUGAACCACUGACAGUUCAAAAACCCGGGACACAAACUCGCAGUUUUUGUUACAUCUCUGACAUGGUUGAUGGCCUUAUUCGUCUCAUGGAGGGGGAGAACACCAGUCCAAUCAAUAUAGGAAACCCAGGUGAAUUUACCAUGCUCGAGCUUGCUGAGACGGUAAAGGAGCUUAUUAAUCCGAAGGUGGAGAUAUAUAUGGUGGAGAACACUCCAGACGAUCCAAGACAAAGAAAACCCGACAUCACAAAAGCGAAAGAGUUGCUAGGGUGGGAGCCAAAAGUGAAGUUGCGGGACGGUCUUCCUCUAAUGGAGGAGGAUUUCCGGUUGAGGCUCGAAGUGUCCAACGAGACAUGAAAGUUAAAAUAAGAAAAGCAUGAAUGAUUUAUACAGAGUUGGAAUGGGUGAUUUCAGUGCUUGUGGUGGGAAAACUGGGAGCUUAUGUUAUCUGUGAUCUUUAGUUUAUGCUCUGUGUCCCUUGUUCUUAAUGAUUUCAUAGAAAAUAAACCCCACCCGUGAAACUGGUUUAAUUUUGGUAU